AUGAUGCAAGAGAAGUUUAGGGAGACAUCACUUACCCCGAGCGCACAGCUAGGAGGGGGCAGCGCUGUGACCCGGGUCUGACUCCAGGGUACCCCACUCUUUAACCUGCACUAACUAUUCUGCCUGAGGCCUUAAAGCAGGACUGAGAGAGGAGUCGUCCAUUCACCCACUUAACCAACAGCUCCUGAGCACCUCUGUGCUAUGGCAAAGACUCUUGGAAGCCCAACACCCAGAAAACCUGUCUUAUCUGUCAGUGCAAGAAAAAUUAAGGACAAUGCAGCCGAUUGGCAUAAUUUAAUCCUGAAAUGGGAAGCCCUCAAUGACAGAGGUUUUGCUAUUGCAAAUAACAUUGCCAACAUGAAAAUCAGUUUAUUGAGCAAAGAUGAGACAGAACUGGAGAGCAGCAGCCUGGCUUCUGAGAAUGCAGAGAAGAUGCACCCGGAAUACAGCAGGGAGCUGGAGAUGCUGUGUGAGGAGCUGCAGGCCACCCUGGAUGGUCUGACCAAAAUACAGAUGAAAAUGGAAAAGCUGUCUUCAACUACCAAGGGCGUUUGUGAACUGGAAAAUUACCACCACAAGGAGGAGCAAAAACGGCCCCUGCUCUUUCACACGUGGCCCACGGCCCAUUUUUAUGCCGUUUCCCGCCGGCUCUCCAACAUGUACGGGAGGGAGCUCAGCCUGAAGCGCGUGGUGGCGCAGGAGCUGGCGCACAGCACACACCGCGACCUCGCCCUGAGCUACCUGGCCAUGUGGCUGCACCAGCCCUACGUGGACAGCGACAGCCAGCUGCUCCUGGAGAGCAUGCUGCUGGAGACCGGGCACCGGCCGCUGUGACCGAGACACAGCCGAGUGCCUGCACAGCAUUUGUAGCUCCUCAGCGGACAGCCUCUCGCGGUGGCCUGGGUGCUGCACCCUGGCGUCACACCCCGUGUCGUCCCCCUGAUCAGGCCCCAUGCCGAGCCCUGGGGGCACACCCUGUGCUCCCUGAGGGCCUCCAGUUCUGUGGCCUCUCCAGACGCCCUUGGUGACCGCUGCAUGCCACCUGUCACAAUGAAGGCUUCUGCGUGAAAUAAAGGAGUUUCUCAACAGAA